CUCUGCCAAGGAAGCCGGGCGGGCGCUGUGUGGUGUGUCUCCAGCUGCAAAGAGGAGAGGAUGGCAAAGGUGGCCAAGGACCUCAACCCUGGGAUUCAAAAGAUGUCCCUGGGCCAGCAGCAGUCUGCGAGAGGGGCACCAUGUCUGAAAUGCAAGGGGACAUGUUUGGGCUUCGAACCACACUCAUGGAGGAAAAUGUGCAGGUCCUGUAAGUGCAGCCAGGAAGAGCACUGCCUGACCUCUGACCUGGAAGAUGACUGCAAGAUUGGUGGCCUGCUAGCCGGCUCUAAGUAUGCCUCUCUCACAGCUCGGGUGAAGGGUGGGGACGGCAUCCGAAUCUACAAGAGGAACCGCAUGAUCAUGACCAACCCCAUCGCCACCGGGAAAGACCCCACAUUUGACACCAUCACCUAUGAAUGGGCCCCACCUGGGGUCACCCAGAAACUGGGCAUCCAGUACAUGGAGCUCAUCCCCAAGGAGAAGCAGCCAGUGACAGGCACCGAGGGAUCUUUCUACCGCCGCCGCCAGCUCAUGCACCAGCUCCCCAUCUAUGACCAGAACCCAUCGCGCUGCCUGGGGCUUGCGGAGAACGAGCUGAAGCUGAUGGAAGAAUUCAUUAAGCAGUAUAAGAGUGAGGCCCUCGGGGUGGGUGAAGUGGCCCUCCCCGGGCAAGGCGGCUUGCCCAAGGAGGAUGGGAAGACUCAGGGGAAACCUGAUGGCACAGAGACGGCAGCCCCCACUACCAACGGCAGCAUUGGGGACCCGGUCAAGGAAGUGGAAUAUGUGUGUGAGCUGUGCAAGGGAGCCGCUCCGGCCGACAGCCCAGUGGUCUACGCAGAUAGGGCAGGCUACAGCAAGCAGUGGCAUCCAGGUUGCUUCACGUGUGCUCAGUGUGCUGAGCCCCUAGUGGAUCUCAUCUACUUCUGGAAGGAUGGAGCGCCCUGGUGUGGCCGGCAUUACUGCCAGAGCCUGCGGCCACGCUGCUCUGGCUGUGAUGAGAUCAUCUUCUCCGAGGACUUCCAGCGCGUGGAGGGCCUGGCCUGGCACCGGAAGCACUUUGUGUGUGAGGCCUGUGAGCAGCCCCUCAGUGGCCGAGCCUACAUCGUCACCCAUGGUCACCUCCUGUGCCCGACCUGCAGCAAGUCCAACCGCUCCUGAGGGUGCCCAGGCCCAGCCUGUGUAGCCACAGCCAACAGCAUGAACUCCAGGAAGUCAGGCUCAGUCAGCCUGAGGCAAUCUCAGGACUCUGGCCAAGUGUCUACAUCCCAUCAAAGAG